AUGGCCCAGGCCAACCACACGAGCACCCCAACUUUCCUGCUUGCUGGAUUCACACUCCCACACUCCCUGCGGCCCCUGGCAUUCCUGGGGAGCCUGAGUGUGUACGUGCUCACACUGACCGGGAACCUCUUCAUCGUGGUGCUGGUGCGGGCAGAGCCGGGGCUGCACACGCCCAUGUACUUCUUCCUCAGCGUGCUGUCCUUCCUGGAGCUGUGGUAUGUGAGCACCACGGCCCCCACGCUGCUGCGUUCGCUGCUCUGGGGGCGUUCCCCCGUGCCUGCAGCUGCCUGUUUCAUCCAGCUCUAUGUGUUCCAUGCCCUGGGCAUGACCGAAUGUUACCUGCUGGGCGCCAUGGCGCUAGACCGCUACCUGGCCAUCUGCCGCCCACUGCACUACCACUCACUCAUGAGCCCUCGGGUGCGGGUGGUGCUGGCUGGGGCAUCGUGGGCAGCUGGCUUCUUGGCUGCCACAGUGCCAGCCAGCCUCACAGCCACCCUGCCCUUCUGUCUGACUGAGGUGGCCCACUAUUUCUGUGACCUGGCCCCGCUCAUGCGCCUGGCAUGCGUGGACACUGGCUGGCACAACCAGAUCCAUGGAGCUGUGAUUGGAGUGGCCACAGGCUGCAACUUUGUGUUCAUUGUGGGUCUGUAUGGGGGCAUCCUGAGGGCUGUGCUGAGGCUGCCAUCGGGGGCCAGCCGUGCCAAGGCCUUCUCCACCUGCUCCUCGCACAUGACCGUGGUGGCCCUGUUCUAUGGCUCUGCCUUCUCAGUCUACGUGGGCUCCCCGGGAGGUCGGCCCCAGGGUGCUGACAAAUGUAUAGCCCUGGUCUAUGCCCUACUCACACCCUUCCUCAACCCCAUCAUCUAUACCCUGCGCAAUAAGGAGGUGAAAGAGGCCGUGCGGAGGGUGUCCCAGAGAGUCCGGACACUCCUGUGGGAACCCUAA